AUGUCUCGCAAAGGCAAAAACACCAUCGAAGAAGAAGAACAACAACAAGUACUGCGGCGCGUGAAGAGAGAGCGCGUCAAUGCCGACGAUAACCCCACGGAGGAGCAAAACUCCUCAAUUCGCAGAAUCAUCCGCUCCGAGUUUCUCAAACUCAAGUCUCUCAUCAAUGAGAAGAAAGAUGAUUUGUUAAACGUCGAUUCCGACAAAUUUGAUUCGAUUCUGAGCGAGUUUGAUAAGUUACAUGAUCAAGUUAAGAAGCCUCGAGAACAGGUUGCAGACGCCGAGGCGCUACUCGAUCUUACUCGCAGUUUGGUUGGAUCUGUCAAGUCUCUUGUGAACGAAGGUGUUACUCCUUCUCAGUUUGUUUCUUCGCUGAUUCAACGCUAUGCUCCUUCGCCCAACAGUUCCGUUGAUUGGAGAAAGCUUGGAACUUCUGUUUCCUCCAUUUUUCUCACUGUUCACGGCUCUUCUACCAUGCUUGGUCCCAUGGAAAAUCAGUUGAAACAGCGCAAAACAAUAGUGUCGAGGAAGCGAACGUCUCGUUCAGCUACAACUGAUAGGCCUGAACAGCUGGAUGAUGCUGUUGGAGGGGAAAAAACUGAUACUGACAAAAACAUGUCAACCAUGUUUAACAUAUUGAGGGAAAAUAAAAGGGUUCAGCUUGAACACUUAAUUUUGAAUAGAUUUUCGUUUGCUCAGACAGUGGAGAAUUUGUUUGCCCUUUCAUUCUUAGUGAAAGAUGGUCGUGCUGAGAUCAAUAUGGACAAAAACCAUUCACAUUAUGUUUCGCCAAAAAAUGCUCCAGCUGCCAAUGCUGUAAUGUCAAAAGAAGUUUCUUAUACUCAUUUUGUCUUCAGAUAUGAUUACAAUGACUGGAAGAUAAUGAAGGAUCUUGUGCCAGAUGGCAAAGAGCUAAUGCCACAUAGGAUUCAACACAGCACUGUGGAUGCCUCACAGGCAGAAAUGGAUGGUGAUGAUUCCAAGCAAGCUUUGCCAGUCACUCCUAUUAGGAAGAUAUCCCGGAAUCGAGGGCGGGUUUUGCAGGAGGAAACUGUUGUUGAAGAAUCUCCUGAAUGUGAUGAUGAAGAUGCUUCUAGAGAGGCUGCAAUCCGAAGGUGUAAGCGGAAACUCCAUUAA